GAGCGCGGGCGGCGGCGAUCGUGAGAGCCCUGGCUUGCCAGUCCUCGAGCAGACCCGGCGUCGCCAUCGUUUUCUGCCGCUGUCCAGUUAUCUUUGACUGCCAUAUAUGGAUUCCCAAAAGUCUCUGAAGGAGACAGUCCUCGUUACGGGAGGAGGUGGCUAUUUUGGCUUCCGCCUAGGCUGUGCUCUGAACCAGAAGGGAGUCCGUGUGAUUCUGUUUGACAUCAGCAGCCCUGCACAAACCAUUCCGGAAGGAAUCAAGUUUAUACACGGAGACGUCCGCCACCUCUCUGACAUAGAGAAAGCCUUCCAGGAUGUGGAUGUCGCUUGUGUGUUCCACAUUGCCUCUUACGGUAUGUCAGGGCGCGAGCAACUGAAUCGAAACCUGAUUGAAGAAGUGAACGUGGGGGGCACAGACAACAUCCUCCAGGCUUGCAGGAGGCAAGGGGUGCCAAGGUUGGUUUACACUAGCACCUUCAAUGUCAUCUUCGGAGGUCAAGUUAUCAGAAAUGGAGAUGAAUCUCUGCCUUACCUACCUCUUCACCUCCAUCCUGAUCACUACUCUCGGACCAAAUCUGUUGCAGAGAAGAAGGUGCUGGAGGCCAACGGUACAGCCCUGGAAAGGAGUGAUGGAGUCUUGAGAACCUGUGCUCUGAGGCCGGCUGGCAUCUAUGGGCCUGGAGAACAAAGGCACCUCCCCAGGAUAGUAAGCUACAUUGAGAAGGGCCUGUUCAAGUUUGUGUACGGAGACCCCAAGAGUCUGGUUGAAUUUGUCCAUGUGGAUAACUUGGUGCAGGCUCACAUUCUGGCUUCAGCGGCCCUGAAGGCUGACAAGGGCCACAUUGCGUCUGGGCAGCCCUACUUCGUCUCAGAUGGCAGACCUGUGAACAACUUUGAGUUCUUCCGGCCUUUGGUUGAGGGCCUGGGCUACAAGUUCCCAUCCAUCCGCCUGCCCUUGACUCUCAUCUACUACUUUGCUUUCCUAACCGAGACCGCCCACUUCAUCCUGGGUCGACUGUACAACUUCCAGCCCUUCCUCACCCGCACCGAAGUUUACAAAACCGGAGUCACACAUUACUUUAGCCUAGAGAAAGCCAAGAAGGAGCUAGGUUAUGAGGCUCAGCCAUUUGACCUCCAGGAAGUAGUAGAAUGGUUUAAAGCCCAUGGUCAUGGCAGAAGUCCUGGAAGUCGUGACUCUGAGUGUCUUAUUUGGGAUGGGCUGUUGGUCGUACUCUUGGUUAUGGCGGUUCUCGCAUGGCUGCCGCCUUCUGUGAUUCUGUCAGUGUGAAGGAGCAGCUAGAAGUAAGGAGCUGAUCACACUUGCUGAGAUGGUUUUCAAGAAACACAGGUUUGGGACUUGGUGGCACAGUGGUAAAGAAUCCGCCUGCCAAUGCAGGGGAUGCGGGUUCAAGUCCUGGUCCAGGAAGAUCCCACAUGCCACAGAGCACCUAAGCCUGUGCGCCACAACUACUGAGCCUGCACUCUAGAGCCCUCGAGCCACAACUGCUGAGCCCGCGUGCCACAACUACUGAAGCCCAUGCGCCUAGAGCCCAUGCUCUGCAACAAGAGAAGCCCCCACAGUGAGAAGCCCGCACACUGCAACAAAGAGCAGCCCCUGCUUGCUGCAACUAGAGAAAGCCUGCGCACGGCAACGAAGACCCAACGCAGCCAAAAUUAAAUAAAUUUAUAGAAAAAAAAAAAACCACAGGUUUGAAAAAUAGAUGGACAGACAGACAGAUAGAUACCUGGUGUCAGAUUUUGGAUCUCCAAAUUGCUGCUUAAGAGUAAAUUCUUGGAUUAAGUCUUCAUUUCCUACCUCCUUGCACAAAUCAUGGAGGGAGAAAUAGAUGCGAAAGAGGGAAGAGAUAUGGGAACAUACGUAGAUGUAUAACUGAUUCACUUUGUUAUACCGCAGAAAGUAACACACCAGUGUAAAGCAAUUAUACUCCAAUAAAGAUGUUAAAAAAAAAAAAAAGAUAAGUUUGAGAUUUGGUUCCUUGGGUCCUUCAUCUUUCGAUCAGUACAGUAGAAGUCAUUCUGGAGCCAUAGAGCUAAACUUGCUUAGAUGGGAAAUGUCUUACUUGAAUUUCUCAGAAGCCAAAAAUGUACUUACUUCCAUUCCAAACAGUCGGCAUCUGCUUCACGGGGGCUAAAACACACACUGAUACGGG